UUUAUUCUAGAAAUAGACGAGUGUGCCGACAGAAUAAACCCAUGUGAUGUGUAUGCUGAGUGUAACAAUACCUUGGGAUCUUACAACUGCACGUGUAAAGAUGGAUUUCAUGGAAAUGGAACUUAUUGCUCAGACUCCAACGAAUGUAGUGAAGGAACUCACGGCUGUGAUAUGAAUGCUGACUGUAACAACACCCUGGGAUCUUACAAGUGCACGUGUAAAGAUGGAUUCAAAGGAAAUGGGACUAAAUGCACAGGAUUUUCAGCUGUGUUUACAACCCUUGAUGCGAGUGAAGGCGGCAAGGGUCCAGCCUCAAUCGGUAGUCACUACACAGGUCAGGACCAUGACGGACAAGUUACAUUAUCCAGCGGUAUUCAACUGUGGACUGUGCCACACACUGGUCGAUACAGAAUUGAAGCAAUAGGAGCCUCAGGGGGGUACGGGAAGGGCAGUGUCAUCAAGAACGGAGGAAGAGGGGCAAGGAUGAUUGGAAACUUUAAUUUGAAAAAAAGCGAGAUCAUUCGUUUACUUGUUGGUCAAAAAGGAGGUGCAUCGAAGUCGUCCAGCAAUUCAAAUGCCGGAGGUGGUGGAGGUACAUUUGUGGUGAGAGGAAGCAACACGCCUUUGAUCAUAGCUGGAGGUGGAGGGGGGAUUAAAAAGAUGUCAGAACAACAUCCAGGAUGUGAUGCGUCCAUAAGUAAUUGCCGCAAUUUGAAGUUUACCAGUUUUCCUAAACCUGACUACCGACUGGAGAAUCACACGGUUCGAACUGUUGACGUGGCUGCAAUUUUUGAGAACUUUUCUAGAAGGAGUAAGGAGUAA